UACGGCAACAGUAUAACUUUAAUAGAGGCCAAUACGUUCAGAGAUUUGACAAAUUUGGUAGUGAUGUCUUUUCGAGCCAACAGUAUAGCCAAAAUAGAAGACGGUGCGUUCAGAAAUUUAACAAAAUUGGAGCGACUGUUUUUGAACGGCAACAGGAUAACUACGAUAGAGGACAACACAUUCAAAGAUUUGGCAAAUUUGAAUACACUGAAAAUAUAUGAUAAUCCUUAUCACUGUAAUUGCGAGCUGAUAGGCCUGGUCGAUUUCCUUAAAUCUGGACGUGUCACCGUAUCUGGAGAUCCACGCUGCUUCACUCCUGGGAACUUGAAUGGAACUUCAUUGGUCAGUCUAUCCGCUGCAAACUUGACCUGUCCCGAUAUGACCACUAUACCCACAACAAUCUCCGGGACAGAGAGCGACAACACAAUAGACACCACGACGGAGUUCGUGAAAACAACUUAUGAAACCAAUUCUUCACCUUUGAAAGGAGGGAACUUUCUGGUUAUAGCAUACGUGUCUUUAUGCUCGCUUGUUAAAACCAUGAUUGAGUUUUAGAAUACAGAAAAAAAACGAAUGGAGAUAUUGAUUUUAAAACAAUUCUAAAAAAAAAAAAACGCUAAAAACGACUGGAAACUUGAUGAAGACAGUGAAAAACUAUUCAUACCCUUGAAAUAUCAGUGAAUUUCCCUGAUAUACUAAUUUUUCUAGGGAAAUAAUGGGAAAUAAGAGAGAGCUAGACAUAACUAUAACUUCAGUCAUGUUUGUUUGAGUAUAGAUCUGUAGAAAAUCAUAGGAUAAGAUUACAACCUGGUAUGACUGUCUGGUUAAUGCUAAAGAAUAAAAUAGCACUGUUUACUAAGAUUCCAGAUAAGAGAGAGCUAGACAUAACUAUAACUUCAAUCAUGCUUGUUUUAGUAUAGAUCUCCAGAAUAUCAAGGAUAAGAUGACAACCUGGUAUAUCGGUCUGGUUAAACCUACAUAAUUAAAUAGCACAGUUUACUAAGACUCCACUAUUUUUUUUUUUGUAAUACGUUACGGAAUAUUAGCUCUUGAGACAUAUUGUAAAACUUUUCAAAAAUACAAUGUAUAUUUGACAUUUAGAGUUGAAAUAAAUUGACCAUUCAAAUAUAAAGAACACCUUCAUGAAUAAUUAUCACAUAUGUACAAUGUAAUUGUUAUCAUAUUGCCAUAAAUAUCAAAUGAGAAUUGUCAAAAAAUGGUAAUACCAAUCUCUUUAAAA